AGAAACGUCAGUACACCUGUGUAUGUUCUAUAUCGUCACGUCGGAAUUUGAUAUCAACCUGGAAAGACAGGUUAUUUUCAUGCGUGCAUCCGGAAACUUACAUAUGUGAACUUAUCGAUAUUGUUGAAACUUGGAGUUUCAGAGUUUUCCCGAUUUGUUUUAAAGAAACUGGAUAAAUACGAUAAAUACGAGAUACUUUGUCGCUACAUCAUUAGUUUUACAUAAUUCGAGGUGAGCCUACUCUUUAAAUACGCUCACAAUUUUCAGAAAUUACAGUAUCUACACAAGCUUAUCUACAGCAUUUUUUGGUGCAAUUUCGCUUCUGAUAAGAAAAAAAGAUUGACAGAUUGCGAACACGUGAUUUCCUCAACUUGUAUAAUUUUUCGAUGUGAAUUUUUGACGUAUCGAGAGAAUGGCAGGAGUAUUUGACAUCGAGUUGCACGACGGUGAUGCCACAAAUCAAGACGAAUCAGAUGACGAUGUAAUCGAAAACAGAGAGGAGGAAUAUAAUCAUGCAGCAACCGUAAGCACUCUAUUAGAAUCCGAGAAUUUGGAGAGAGUUCAAUUGUCGGAGCAGAAUGUGAACCCUGGUCAAGAGAAAGCUGGUCCACAGGACUUCGAAUUAUGCAAGAUCCUGGGAGAGGGCGGUUACGGGAAGGUCUUCCAAGUCAGAAAGGUCACUGGCAAGGACAAGGGCAGCAUCUUUGCUAUGAAGGUACUGCGCAAGGCGUCUAUUAUACGAAAUCAGAAGGACACAGCUCACACCAAGGCCGAGAGAAAUAUCUUAGAGGCGGUCAAGCAUCCGUUCAUCGUGAACCUCAUGUACGCUUUUCAAACCGGUGGCAAGCUGUACUUGAUCCUGGAGUAUUUAUGUGGUGGGGAGCUUUUCACCUACCUCGACCGAGAGGGUAUCUUCCUGGAGGACACAGCCUGCUUUUACCUGUCCGAGAUCAUACUAGCGCUCCAGCAUUUGCACAAUCAGGGAAUCAUUUACAGGGACUUGAAGCCGGAGAAUAUCUUGCUCGACGCCGAAGGCCACGUCAAGCUAACGGACUUCGGUCUCUGCAAAGAGCAUAUACAGGAGGGCACGGUGACGCACACAUUUUGCGGCACGAUAGAGUACAUGGCGCCGGAGAUCCUAACCCGGAGCGGCCACGGUAAAGCGGUAGACUGGUGGAGUCUGGGCGCCCUGAUGUUCGACAUGCUUACAGGAAUGCCGCCGUUCACCGGCGACGACAGGAGGAAGACCAUCGAGAAGAUCUUACGCGGCAAGCUAAGUCUUCCGCAGUAUUUGACCCCGGACGCCCGCGAUCUCAUACGGAAGCUCUUGAAGAGGCAGGUCGCCCAGAGACUGGGCUCCGGCUUGGAGGACGCCGAGCAGAUCAAGAACCACAACUUCUUCAAGCAUAUCAAUUGGCAGGACGUGAUCGCGCGGAAGCUGGACCCGCCGUUUAAACCGGCCCUAAAGAGCGCCGACGACACGUCGCAGUUCGACGAGCAAUUCACCGCUACGGUGCCGGUGGAUUCCCCGGUGGAAAGCACUCUCAGCGAAUCGGCGAACAUGAUCUUUCAGGGCUUCACGUAUGUCGCGCCGAGCGUCUUAGAGGAGAUGUACGCGCAGCCGAAGGUCGUGAACGCCAGGAGCCCGCGUAGGACACUGUUGAACAAUCCUGGUUUUGGUGCGGCGACCGGUUUGCACAGUUUCUCGUCACCCAAACUGAUGGACGUUCACUUACACCCGUCAUUAGACUUUCAGCAGCAGCACAGGCAGCGCGCGAUGGGCUCCAACAGCGUCGAGGACACCGAAAUGGUGGAUCUCGCUACCCAGCCACCGAAUCGUUUAUAGUGCUGCAAAGCGUUAUCGACUUCCGAACGUAAACUGUGAACGGAAGAAGUAUAGUCCGUGAAGAAGCUGUUCCUCGUUUUCGCUUGUCGGGUGUCGAUGGCGAACGAUAAACAGAAUUAUAUUUAGAGCACAAAUUUAAUAUUAUAUAUAGGGUGUUCCAUUUUAAUCAAUCAUCUCCUAUAAUUUUUUUUUUAUUAUACAUACAGCAAAUGCUUCAAACGAAAGUUGUUUGAGUUGAAGGGAGACAAAUGAUGUCACUACAGAUUCUUUUUUAAAGGGAAUCACCAUAUAUUUUUAAUAUAAAUUGAUUCCUCGAAGUUAUCAUUUUGUCAUAUUUAAAUAUCAAAAACUAUUCAUUUUUUGACCUUAUAAUUUUUUAUGCA